AUGACGCGAAGCCAGAGGAGCUCGACCUUGGACUCUGCAAGGCCCUUGCUCAGCCACCAUGAUACCGAGGACGAUUUGUUAUGGCAGCAGCGGUCGCGAUAUCACGGCACAGAUGCUGCGGUAGCCCGUGCACCGCACGUCAACGACGGCAACAAUGUUGGUGAUGACAAUGAUGUUGAUGAUGGGUUGGAGGAUUAUAUCAGCCACUUUGACGACGACCCGGAUAACCCGCAGAACUGGCCGGCAUCAUUCAAAUGGAGUGUGGUGGCUUUAUUGGCCAUGACGGCUUUUAGUGUCACAUUCAACUGCAUCUCCCUCGUCCCCCUCGCCCCCUCCAUCGUCCGCUCCCUCACCCCACCACCUCCUCCCCCCUCCAACGGGACGGACUCUUCCCUCCCACCACCAGCCAACCUCAAAUCCGCCUCCGCCCUCCUCGUCACCAUCUGGGAACUAGGCGAGGCCGCCGGCCCUUUACUCAUCGCCCCGCUCUCCGAGCUUUUCGGGCGCUACCCAACCCUCAACAUCACCAACCUCCUCCUUAUCCUCUUCACCAUCCUCACCGCCACCGCCACUUCCGUCCCGACGCUCAUCUUGUCGCGAUGCCUGACGGGCAUGGCAGUCGCUUCGAACGUGCUCAACCCCGCCAUCGUGGGGGACAUGUUUCCCUCCGAUCAGCGGGGGAGCGCCAUGUCGCUAAUCUUCAUUGCGCCUCUUAUCGGUGGGGCGGUCGGGCCGGCGAUCUCGAGUGCCGUCGCGGAAAGCGUCGGGUGGAGGAAGGUGGUGUGGGGGGUAGUGGGUUUGAGCACCAUUUGCGAGAUUCUGUUUUUGUGUUUGUUUAAGGAGACGUAUAAAGUGGCGAUUGUGAGGAGGAGGGUGAUGAGGGAGAAGCACAGCACCAGGUUGGCGAAUGCGCAUUUGGAUAUGAGCACGGGCAACUUGAGAGGCAAAAAAAGCAAGCGUGAAGAGUGGAGGAAACUGAGGGAUUCGGUGUUAAGGCCGUUCUUGGUGGUGUUUGGGUCGGGACUGUUGAUGGCCUUGUCGCUGUUGGGGUCCGUCACGUUUUCGUAUUUUUACGUGGUUAGUGUGACGUUGCCGGAGAUUCUGGAGGACAAGUAUGGGCUGUCCGGGGCGGUCAAGGGGUUGUGUUUUAUGGGAUUUACCGUCGGCUCCUUCUUAGCCGUCCUAAUCUGCAACGCCUUCCUCGACCGUAUUUACAUCGCCCUCCGUGACCGCGAUGCCGCCCUCACCCAGCCCUGCUCCCCGGACGAUUGCCUACCCAAGGAAAAACCAGAAUACCGCCUGCCCCUCACCAUCCUCGGCGCCUUCAGCAUGCCCUUCGCCAUCACCUUUUACGGCUGGGUCGCCGAGCUUUCGCUGCCUCUCCCUUUCUUGCUCAUUGCUUGUGGGCUGAUUGGCGCCAACACCAUGAUGACCCUGAUUCCACUGAUGGCCUACGUGGUGGAUGCGUUUGGCUUGUUCUCGGCAAGUGCCAUGACGGGUGUGAUUGUGAGUAGGUGUCUGAUGGGCACGUUCUUGCCCUUGGCAGCGGCGCCGCUGGUGGAUUCGUUUGGGUAUGGAUGGGGGUUCAUGGUUUUUGGAGUCAUGAGUGGCGCGUUGGCGCCGAUUAGUGUGGUGGUGUUUAGGUAUGGAGAGAGGUGGAGGCAGUUUUGCAAGUAUAGCAGGGUGGAGUAG